CUUUCUAUCUCAAAAAUUUAGAUUGCUUGGAAUUUGGAUUAAAUUAGUUAAUUGGAUUUAAAAUUCUGCACUUCUUUCCGGGUUAAGGUUAUGACGAGCAACGAUGAGCUGAGUGAGGGUCAGAGGUGUGCUAAUUUUGAGACGGAAUAUGACAAGUGGUAUGCUUCUAUCCCGAAAAAGCGAAGUUUGCUUGACGAGCUGCUUGUCAAGGUUGAGGUUCAGUUGAGCAACAAUGAACUGAGUGAUAGUGAGCGUGUUAAAUUGAUGGCGGGAUAUGAGAAAUUGGAGGCUUCUAUGAUGAGAAUACACAGUUUGCUUAAGGAGAUGCAGGCCAAGGUAGACAAGCGGGAUGUCAGGAUAGCCAAGUUGCAUGCCAAGCUGUACCACAAUGCGGUGGAGAGAAAAAGGCCACGGAUCAUGAUCGGUUACGAUGCUGAUGAUUAG